GUCAUGAGACAGCCUCAGAACGUCAUCUUAUUUCUGGACCUUUGCGAGCCUUAUGGUCCUCUUACGUCUCUGGCGGCCUUCCGUAGCUCAGCUGGGUAAAGGCUCUUUCUGCCUUCCAUGUACUUUGCGGUGUUCUCGUGCAUGCAGAAUAUGUGGAACCGUCUCGACUUGAUUCGUGUCCAGGCUACAAUGCCGUGAAUGUCACGACCAGCACCAAUGGGAGGACUAUCUCUGCAGACCUGGUUCUCGCAGGUACACCUUGUAAUGUGUUUGGAAAGGAUCUUCAGCAGCUGAGACUUCAGGUGGCAUAUGAAAGCGAUAAUCGAAUCCACCUCAAAAUCAUCGACCCGCUACAACCACGAUAUGAAGUUCCUGAAAGUGUUUUCCCUCGCCCUCAAAGCGGUAAUUCGACCCUCAAUCCGAACAUACAAUUCACAUACACCACGACGCCAUUCUUGUUCAACAUUUCACGAGUUGGGACCAACGAAACCCUGUUUGCCACUUCCGCUGGGCAUCCUCUGAUCUUUGAGCCUCAGUAUCUCCGAAUCAAAUCUUCCGGCUCCCCAGCAGAUGCUAACAUCUACGGUCUCGGAGAACACACAGAGACAUUCAGAUUACCCACCAGAGACCUCACCAGGACAUUUUGGAGCAGGGAUUCAUACGGUAUUCCCACUGGUACCAACCUCUACGGCAACCAUCCUGUUUACUUCGAGCACCGGCUAACGGGUACCCAUGGGGUUUUCUUGUUAAGUUCGAACGGCAUGGAUAUCAAGAUCAAUGACACACAACCAGGUGUAACGUCAAUCGAGUACAACGUUAUCGGUGGUGUCCUGGACUUUUACUUCUUCGCCGGAUCCAACCCUCUGGAGGUUUCCCGAGAAUAUGCUAAGAUUGCUGGCGCUCCCGCUGAGGUGCCAUACUGGAGUUUUGGGCUCCAUCAAUGUCGAUUCGGUUAUCAAAACUUUGUCGACGUUGCUGGUGUCAUAACAAACUAUUCGGCCGCAGGUAUUCCAUUGGAAACAAUGUGGACCGAUAUAGACUACAUGGAUAGACGGCGUGUCUUCACCCUUGAUCCUGAUUAUUUCCCUUUAUCUCGAAUGCGCGAGAUAGUCGAUCACUUGCAUGAUAACGGGCAGAAGUACAUUGUAAUGGUGGACCCUGCCCUCGGUUACUUCCCCAACGAAGGGUAUGCUCCGGUCGACCGCGGCAUCGAGACGGAUAUAUUUUUGAAAUGGCCAAAUGGAAGUGUUGUUAUUGGUGUUGUCUGGCCGGGACCAUCAGUUUGGCCAGACUGGUUCCAUCCCAAGGUACAAGACUUUUGGAACGGGGAAUUUGAACUCUUCUUCAAUGAAACGGAAGGUCUGGACAUCGACGGUGUUUGGAUCGAUAUGAAUGAGCCCGCCAGUUUCUGCAACCUCCCGUGCACUGAUCCUUGGGAGCAGUCCAGAGAACGACAGUUUCCACCUCCUAGGGCUUUUCCACCUCCGGAUAUCAACACGCCUAUCUUCGUGAAGGCAACGAAGAAGAAUAAGCGGUCCAUCCUGGACCCACCAUACGCAAUUUCGGACGCUGCACCGAACGGCGACUUGAGCGCCACCACUUCUCCUGUGAACGCAACACAUUUCAACAACCUCACGGAAUACGACGUUCACAAUCUGUAUGGUACUAUGAUGUCUACCUCAACUCACCUUGCUAUGUUGAACCGUCGUCCUGAACUCCGAACGCUCGUCAUCACUCGUUCAACUUUCGCCGGUGCGGGGCGUCAUGUUGGCAAAUGGCUCGGAGAUAAUCUUAGCACAUGGGAGCAAUACCGCUUUAGUAUUGCCGGCAUGUUGGGCUUCACAAGUAUUUACCAGAUACCGAUGGUGGGGAGUGAUAUCUGCGGGUUUGGGGACAACACGACUGAGACUCUAUGCGCGAGAUGGGCGAUGUUGGGCGGAUUUUAUCCGUUCAUGAGGAAUCACAACCAAGAUACCAGUAUCUCACAAGAGUUCUACAGAUGGCCUCUGGUUACCCAAGCCGCAAAGAACGUCCUCGACAUGCGCUAUCGUCUCUUGGACUACAUCUACACUGCCUUCCACACCGCAUCACUCGACGGCACACCCGUUUUACAACCUCUGUUCUACCGAUUCCCCAACGACACCAACACCUUCUCAAUCGAGCACCAAUUCCUCUACGGCAGCUCCAUCCUCGUUUCUCCGGUAACCGAAGAAAACUCCACCUCGGUUACGAUCUAUUUACCACCUGAAGGAAGAUACUACGACUUCUUGACUUUCGCUCCCGUUCCCGAAUCGCGAACCGGCAACGUUACGCUUACGAAUGUGGACUUUACAAAGAUACCUGUACAUAUCGUUGGAGGGGCGGUGGUGCCGUUGAGAGUGGAGGGAGCGAUGAUUACGGAUGAGUUGAGGAAAAAGGAUUUCGAGAUCGUGAUUGCCCCAGACAAGAAUGGUGUAGCUCACGGGAAGCUUUAUGUGGACGAUGGAGUGUCUAUAGGCCAAUCCCGUCAGACGUUCCUGACGAUGGAAUAUGGGAAUGGGAGGUUGACGAUCACAGGGGAGUUCGGACAUCCUCUGAAUGUUAAACUUAAGAGGAUCAGGAUUCUUGGCGUUCCAAAGCGGCCGUCUGGGGUCAAUUUCGGUGGUCAAGCGAAUUUGAACACGACAAAGGAGGUUGAAUAUGAUGGAGAGAAGAAGGUUCUUAACGUGGAGCUUGGCACCGCGUUCGAGAGCGCAUUUUCGUUGCAAUUGCUUUAGUUUGUAUCACUUCGUUGAAAUACAAGUCAAUGCCCGUAAA